AUGGCUCCACGAACAGCAAAAGCAAAGAAAGUAGCAGAGGUCAAAGCUUCUGUAAGUGAUGCACCAAAAAACAGAAGAGGAAAAGGUAAAAAUGAACCUCAAGAAGAUGAAAAAACGGAAGUAGUAGAAAAAAAGACUAAUAGACGUGGAAAAAAAAUUGAAAGCUAUGAUGAAGAAUUGAAUGGAGGUGAUGAUAUAUCUGAACCACCAGCAAAAAAAGGAAGGGGUAAAAAAAAUGCAGCCAGUAUAGAAGACAAACCUGAUAAAAUUGAUGACAAAUCAGCUAAAGAGUCUGGAACUCCAGCUGAAGAAAAUGAUGGUAAUGGGGAUGCUAAUGGUCAUUCUGAAGAUGAAAUAACUGCUCCUGCCAAGGGUAGAAAAAAGGCAACUAAGAAAGAAACUGUUACCAAACCUAUUGAAACUUCCAAACCAAAAGCAAAACAAGGAAGUGUUGAACCAGAAGACAAAGAUGAGGAGGAUAAACCAAGAGGAAGGGGUAGGGGCCGAAGAGCUGAACCCAAACCAGAAUCUGAUGAAGUUGAAUCUGAAUCAGUAGAACAACCAGCCAAAGGUCGUAAAAAAGCACCAUCAAAGAAUGACAAAGAUGCAGCUAAAGCAGCUAAGGACGAAGAAAAGGCUGCAAAAGCUGCUGUGAAAGAUGCAGAAAAGGCUGCCAAAGAUGCAGAAAAAGCGGCUAAAGCUGCUGCAAAGGAAGCCGAGAAGGCAUCAAAGCUAGCUGCAAAAGAAGCUGAAAAGGCUGCAAAAAUAGCAGCAAAGGAUGCUGAAAAGGCUGCCAAACUUCUUGUGGCUAAAGAGACAGAAAAAGCUGCAGACAAGGAGACUGAAGAAAAUGAAAGCAGCGAAGAGACUGCUGAACCUGACGCAGACAACAGUAAUGACAAAGACAGUGAAGCUAAAGCCAAUGCUGAGCCAAAAAAAGGGAGAAAAGGAAAAGGUAAACCCAAAGAAGAAAACAAUGAUUUAAAAGAAGAAAAGGAGUCAGAAAGUGAAAAAGGAGACUCAAAAGAAGAUCAGGACAUGGAAGUAGAUGAUACAAAGCCAGCAAAAUCCAAACGUGGACAAAAGAAAGUCGUAGAAAAGACCGAAGUAGAGGAGGAAUCUCCUGACACAGGAGAACCCAAUACUAAACGCAAACGCAAGACGCCUGAAGACAAGGGCGGAGACACUAAAAAGAAAGUCAACAAAUCGUCAACACAGUUUGAGGAUAUAGAUUUUUCUAGCUCAUCAAAAAAUAGUCUGGGUAAAGAAUGGAAUUUCAAAAUAUCCUGUUGGAAUGUGGACGGGAUCCGGGCUUGGCUAGGCAAAGGCGGCCUUGAAUAUAUUAACUACGAAAAGCCAGAUAUUCUUUGUCUGCAAGAAAUUAAAUGUUCUCGUGACAAGCUUCCAGAAGAAGUGGCAAAUGUGCCGGGCUAUCACGCCUACUGGUUAUGCAGUGAUAAAGAGGGCUACGCUGGCGUAGGUAUUUACACAACAAAGCUAGCGAUGAACGUACAAUAUGGCCUUGAGAAUGAGGAAUUCGAUGACGAAGGCCGAAUAAUAACGGCUGAAUACGAACAAUUCUAUUUAAUUUGCACUUAUGUACCGAACGCCGGACGGAAACUCGUAACAUUAGAUAAAAGACUAAAGUGGAAUGAGGCGUUUAGGAAACAUGUAAAAUCAUUAGAUGAAAAGAAACCAGUUAUUAUAUGCGGGGAUAUGAAUGUGUCGCACAAGGAAAUAGAUCUGACGAACCCCAAGAAUAACAAAAGAAACGCGGGUUUCACGGACGAAGAACGCGCGGGUAUGACUGAGCUUCUGUCGGAUGGUUUUGUUGACACCUACCGCCAUCUAUACCCGGAUAAAGCGAGUUCAUACACUUUCUGGAGUUACAUGUUUAGUAGUCGGGCCAAGAAUGUUGGAUGGCGUUUGGACUACUUCAUAAUGUCAGAAAGGCUGGCCUCAGCCCUUUGCGACAGCGUGAUCAGGGACAAAGUAUAUGGAAGUGAUCAUUGUCCAAUAACACUGUUUCUUCACCUCAGUAGCGCUGACAAACCUAAGGAAUAA